UUGAGUGUGUGGUAUAGCUCAGUUUCAAUAUAAUGUUUGCGCGGAACAGAACAAUGAAAAUCGUUUUGCUGAUAUUUGCAAUAGCACACUUCGCAAAUGCUGAGUACGACAAUAACAACAAUAGUUCGACAAAAGCUUAUUUGGAUCUAAACAAUGCGGAGGACAAUGUGAUUUUGUGGAAAAAUUUGUUCAUCAAAUUGAAUGACAUUUUGGAUAAAACCCAGAAAUUGGAUACAAAAUUUGAAGAGUUAUCGGAAAGAUUGGAAGUUUUAAAUAAAAGGGUAAAUACUCUCGACAAUGAUUUGAAAACAUUCUGUCCGAACAACCAAAAUUGGAUUACAAUACAACGGCGCCAGGAUGCUUCGGUGUCAUUCAAUCGUUCGUGGGAAGAAUACGGCCUGGGUUUUGGCGAUGCCAACGGCAAUUACUUCAUGGGUCUUCAACGCAUCUAUGAAAUGACAAAUUUUGCGGGGCCACAAGAAUUGCUGAUAAUUUUAAAAGAUUUUGGCGGCGAUACACGCUAUGCCAAGUACGAUCGGUUUCGCAUUGGCAGUGAAGAGGAAAAAUAUGCCCUAUUAGAGGUGGGCAACUAUAGUGGAAAUGCUGGAAAUAAUUUCAAAAUACACGAAGGACAUCCAUUUACCACUUUCGACCGAGAUAAUGAUAAUAAUCCCGAUAGGAAUAAUGCUGUGGUUUUUGCCGGUGGUUGGUGGUUCUUUGGUUUGGGUUAUCAUGGUUACCUAAAUGGUCCAUACCGGCAGCAGCAUGAAUCGAAUACUUGGGGAAUAAGCUGGCAUGAGUUUCGUUUAUGGAAUGGUUCCCUGAAAUAUGCCGAAAUGUUAAUUCGCCGGAAAUGUUAAAUAGAUAUAGUGGCUUAUAGCUUAUUUCAACCUCCACCUAUUCUUAAUGUUUAGCUGGAUAUUGGUUCUAAAUAAAUUGAAAUAUUUAAUAAAAAAUAAAUAAAUUGGCGCUUAUAGAAUAAUA